GUGCAAGAAUAGGAAGUGCACUCAAGCGAAGGGAGUGGUUUCAGCAGCAGUCUCUCUGUCUACCUGUGUCUGAGAGCUGGACUUUGACUGGGAAACUUUAAGGAAAUAUGAAAAAAACGUAGAGCACAACUUCGCAAGAUGAGAUGAUUGUGUAAUGGUGUGUGGAUAUCUUUGAGGACAUGGCGAGUGAUGCAAGCACCCUUUCCUGGAAGGUACCCACCCAGGACUGGGAUGGGGGCAUCAAAAGCCCUGACCUGGGUCCUGUUGGAGAUGGCAGUCCUGUGAAGAUCAUCAAAGUGUGCUUCAGCAGCAGCAGCAACCUCAGCAAAAACUUCAAACUGGUCAAAUGUGACAGCUCAUGGCAGAUCAAGACUAUCAUCCAGUCUAUUCUGAUCAGUGGGCGUUUGGGCCCAAAUGUGCAAAACCCAGGAUGCUUUGGGCUGAGGCUCAAACAUCUCAAAUCUGAAGAGCUCCACUGGCUUCAUCCAAACCUGACUGUAGGAGAGGUUGAGCAACGCUACGAGAGCCAUCACGCCGAGGCGGAGUGGAGAUAUGAUCUUAGGAUUCGCUACAUUCCCACUGAUUUCGUGAAGAGGUUAAAAGAGGACAGGACGUUCCUUUUGUAUUUCUAUCAACAGGUGCGUUGUGACUACAUGCAGCAUCAUGCUAGCAAAGUUAGCGACGGCAUGGCACUUCAGCUGGGCUGUUUGGAGAUCAGGAGGUUUUAUAAAGACAUGAAUGCCAAAGGUCUAGAGAAAAAGACCAACUUUGACUUGCUAGAAAAAGAUGUUGGUCUGGACCUGUUCUUUCCUAAGGGACUUAUCGACAGUAUGAAGCCCAAGCAACUCAGAAAGCUCAUCCAGCAAACGUUUCAGCAGUAUGCAUUACUAAAGGAGGACGAGUGUAUGAUCAAGUUCUUCGAGACCUAUGGGGAAUUCUCCAACUUUGACGAGGAAAUAUUUCCUUGUGAGCUAGUGCAAGGUUGGAGUUUAGCAGUGGAUUUAGUCAUUGGUCUCAAAGGCAUUCGGCAACGUACCAAAGCAGACUCCACCGCUGUUUGCCUUGCUGAAUUUAAACAGAUCCGAAAUAUCAAGUAUAACACACAGAGUGAUGGCAGAACAUUGUUACUUAUCGAUAUUGAGGGUGCCAAACAGCCUCUUAACAUCAGUGUGGCAUCUCUAGCCAUUGCGGAGAACAUGGCUGAUCUGAUCGAUGGCUACUGUCGGUUGCUUAACCACACAGACUCGUCUUUGAUAGAUGGUCCAAAUAAACGUAAAUCUCCUAAAGGUGUGCAGUUGCGCAACUCUCUUCCUGAAAUUCCCUCCGGGAACAAAACAGAAAGCUUCAGAUACAGCAACUCUGAUAUAUACUGUGAAAUCCCAGAUGAAAAGCCACCACCACCUGCAAAGGUUGGACUGUCUAGGAAAGAUAUUAUCCUGAAACGUAUGCUGGGUGAAGGCUUCUUUGGCGAGGUUCAUGAAGGAGUUUACCAGAAAAAGAAUGGGGAGAAGAUUAAUGUUGCGGUGAAGACCUGUAAGGAAUGUGCACCUGAUGUCAGAGAGAAGUUCGUGGGUGAAGCUGUUAUCAUGAAGAACCUGGACCAUCCACACAUAGUGCGACUAAUAGGAGUGAUUGAGGAAGACCCAGUAUGGAUCGUCAUGGAGCUGUGUCAGCACGGGGAGCUGGGGAAGUACUUGACAAAAAGUCAGCAGAGUUUGACCAACGUAACUCUGGUACUCUUCAGCCUACAGAUCUGCAAAGCGCUUGUUUACCUACAAGGAAUGAACAUGGUCCACAGAGACAUAGCUGUACGAAAUGUGCUUGUUGCCACACCUGAGUCGGUGAAGCUGGGUGACUUUGGCCUUUCCAGAUAUAUAGAGGAUGAAGAAUAUUACAAAGCAUCUGUUACUCGUUUACCGAUCAAAUGGAUGGCUCCUGAAUCUAUUAACUUCAGACGCUUCACCGUGGCCAGUGAUGUGUGGAUGUUCGCUGUGUGCGUGUGGGAGAUUAUGAGCCGAGGUAAACAGCCGUUCCACUGGCUGGACAACCGUGAUGUGAUUAACCAGCUGGAACAGGGCAACAGGCUGCCCAAACCUGAGCAGUGCCCUCCUGCCCUGUACUCUCUCAUGACCUGCUGCUGGAGCUACGACCCCCGCGAGAGACCCACCUUCACCGAACUAGCCUGCAACAUUAGUGAUGUCCACCAAAUGGAGAAGGAGUUAGAGGUGGAGAGAGAGAGAGACAAAGCCCGUAACACCCGGAUCCUGGAGCCCAAGCUUAACAUUAAUGAACCUCCACCAAAACCUUCCAGAGUCAAUACUAGCCGUUUCGGAAAUACCCUUGGUGUCGGCCUACAUCUUCAGCUUAAUGAGGCUUUAUGUGCCAGUUCACCAGACCUGGCCAGCCCGUGUGAUUACCAGUCACCUGUGGACUCAACUAACAUCCUCACCAUAACCACAUCCCCACCCCGUCGCCGCAGUCUUGGGGAGGGUGAGUUCACUUUCGGGCCGACCAGUAAGGAAGAUGCUCAGCGGCUGUGGCAGGCAGAGAAGGAGCGCAUGCAAGAUACUUUGAAGAUGCAGAAAGAACAGAUGGAGGAGGACACAAAAUGGUUAAAGAAGGAGGAGAAGCUUCUGGACCCAAUGGUUCAUGAAGACACAAGUAUUCCUGAGACACCUGAACCACCACUUAGUUAUGCUGAACUCCGUCAACCUCCUUCAAAACCACCCAGAACUGUAGUGCAGCCUACACCUACAGCCGAGCUGGACCGCUCAGAAGACAGUGUGUACCAGUGUGUCAUGGACGUAGUGAAAGUGGUAGUGCAGCUGAAAAAUGACAUCAAUACACUGCUGUCUACUGAUUACAUUUCUCCAGUCAAGACUGUCGGACUCUCGUUAAGAAAUCUGAUCAACAGUGUGGAUGAUAUACUACCAACUCUGCAUGUUUCCUGUAGAACAGAGAUCGAAGGCACACAGAAGUUGUUGAAUAAGGACUUGGCUGAGCUCAUCAGUAAGAUGCGUCUGGCCCAGCAGAACGCCAUCACCUCUCUGAAGGAAGAGUGCAAGAAACAAAUGCUGGCAGCGGCCCACAAUUUGGCCAUGGAUGCCAAGAACCUGUUAGAUGCUGUAGACCAGGCCAGAGUGCGCUCAAACCUGGCCAAACCCAGACCUGAGGAUCCAAAUUCACCAACAGACUAGAAGAGCAGCUUGGGACAUGCUGACUCACAGCUUGAGUACAGGACAGACUGAUUCAUUUGUAUAAGAUUGCAAUGCAGUAACAGGGCAAAACCAACACCAGUGUGGGACAUGAAACAGCCAAUAGAAAUUCAGGCAGCUGAUGUACUGCUGUCAUAUCAUGUUAAGUGCUUCUUGUAAACAUUUAUGAUUUAGAAAACCAAGCAAGACAGAGGGGUAUUCUAGAAAGCAGGGUUAACUUACUGUCACAUAUACCCAGAACUGGUUGAUUAACCCAAAGAAAUAUGUUCCAAAAAUGCAUCUGCUAUCUUUAAAUAUAUUUAAUCAGCAUUUUCUUAUUACUGUGAACAAAAAUUUGUAUAUGUAAGAUUGAUUGAACAAAAACUUAAUUGUGCUUGCAGUUUUCUUUUAGCCAUUUUCUUUCAGUGUUUGGUGUAUGUGUGGCAUUUUUAUAAUAAAAAUAAAUUAUAAAAAUGUGCUGUAGAAAAAGAAAACACAUUUUGAAUGCAUAUUCACAAUGUGUGGGAUGGGAAUAAAUUUGAGUAAAAUAAAAUAAAUGUUGCUUUAUGUUAUAAUAGUGCUUUAAAACGUUUGUCACUGGAGCCUCAUCAAUAGUGAACUUAAGUGCUGAAUACCUCUGAAAUAAUAAACUUACAUUAUAUAAUUAUAUAAUAAGCUCCACAGAGAAUGUUCAGAGAAUUUGUUGUUAUAGCUACUUACAUAACCUGAAAGUUACCUCGUUUUGGAACUGAAAGUUGAGAUUAUUCACGUAUCCAUGAACUAUACUUAACCUACUUUCUUAUUAUUUAACAUUCAUUUCUAAGGUAUUGGAAUAAAUUGUGCUGGAUCAACUUCAACAUUUUCUGACAAGUAAUUGUAUUUAUGAGGUUUUUCAAUCUGGUUUUAAGUCUGUUCACAGCACUGAGUCUGCCCUCCUGAGAGUGUUAAACAAUAUCUCUCCACUGAUUCUGGAGACUGUGGUUCUUAUUCUUUUAGAUUUAUCAGCUGCUUUUGAUACCGUAGACCACUCCACACUAUUAUCCAGACUAGAGUCCUGGGUGGGUCUAAAAGCUACCGUGCUAAAUUGGUUUCAGUCAUACCUGUCGGACAGAAAGUUUUUAGUGAAGCUGGGUAAUUUUACCUCUUCCCCUGCACCUUUAUGCUGUGGUUCUGCAAGGCUCUAUUUUCUCUCUACCUGCUACCUCUGAGCUCUAUUUUACAAAAACAUGGUGUGUCUUUUCAUUUCUGUGCAGAUGAUACUCAAAUCUAUCUACCAAUCAAAAGAAACAAUUCUGCAGCAAUUACCUCUCUUCUGCAAUGCUUAGGCGAGGUUAAAUCAUGGCUCACCCCAAAAUUUCCUCUUCCUAAAUGAAGACAAGACCGAAGUAAUUGUUUUUGGUCCUAAUGAGAAUUCUCAGUAUAUACGCCCCGAUUUGGACAGUUAAUCUGUUUUUAGAGCAUCACAGGUGUGAAACCUAGGUGUUCUUGUCGACCAGCAUUUAAAAUUCGAUAAACAUCUCUCUUCCGUUAUCAGUUCCAGUUUCUAUCAACUUUGUCUGCUGUCUGAAAUCAGAGACUUUCUCACUCCCAAAACUCUAGAAAUGGCUGUUCAUGCAUUUGUUACAUCUCGGCUAGAUUACUGCAAUUCCUUAUAUUGCGGUAUAUCUAAAUCUCAAAUUGCGUGCCUUCAACUAGUCCAAAACGCUGCAGCCAGACUUCUUCUGAAGUGCCGCACAUCACUCCUAUUCUCAGAUCUCUACAUUGGUUGCCGGUUCAUCAGAGAAUAGACUUCAAAAUUCUACUCUUUGUUUAUAAAUCUUUACAUAACCUAUCUCCUGUCUACCUCUCUGAACUCCUUCAUUGAUACACUCCAUCUAAGAUCUUGCGACCAGGCUUUGUUGGUAGUUCCACAUGUUAGACUUUUGCAUUUGCGGUGGCCGGGCCACGACUUUGGAAUACCCUGCCUUUAGAGAUUAGAAUGGCAACCUUCUCUGUCUGUUUUUAAGUCCCUGCUAAAAACCUAUUUGUUUUCCUUAGUGUAUUGAUUACUGUUAUACUGUAACUUUAAAACGGGUUGUUCUUUUUUUUAAUCUGGUUUGCUUUCCGUGUAUGUUUUUAUAAUUUUCUCUUCUGUAAAGCACUUUGGUCAGCCUAGUGGCUGUUGUAAAUGUGCUAUACAAAUAAAAUGAAU